AUGUCACGCGACUCUCGGUCUCCCACGAUAGAGCCCACAACCCUGCCUGAUCAGACUCCAGGCGCAACAGAAGCGAUGACGCCACGAAUUUCUACUUCCGUACCCUCCGACGAGCCGUCCGCGAAGAUGCUUGCCGACAUGAAGCACGACAUCGAAGUCCAGCUCGAGGCAACCACACGCAAAGAAUUCCACAACGCUGUGAAUGGCCUGAUGUGGAUCGGCGGUCGCAAGAUCAAAGCCGUGGAGCCGCGUCGCCAGAGGAUUCGACAUGUCGUUUCGAGCAACAAACAGAUCGCUAGAGCAUAUGCUGAGUUUGCGACCGCCCAUAGGGUGGGUGAGAAGAGGGUGACCUUUCAGUUGCCGCUGGUGGAGACAAAUGAAGAGCAAGGAGAGGGACAGACUGAUAUUGAAAGGAAAGCUGCAAAUAGUGGCGAGCCGGGCGUGGAGAUGGAGGAAGACGUCAUGGUCGGUUUGAAGAUGGACAAGCGCACUGAUGAAGACAAGAGGCAAGCGUCAAGAGAGAAGAGCAUGGAGGGCGUUGGAGAACAAGUCGUAUUCGACAUACGUCAAGCGGGACAAGUGGCCAGGACACCUCAGAAGCAGCGCCAAAAAGCUCGCAGUUCGAAGUCUAAGGAGCAAGGUGAUGUAGGUGCUCCAGCCGCCGGGACAGAGUCGGAGGACGUUGAGAUGACGGACACGACCUAUCCAGCUUCCGAAGCAUCUCACCCACAGAUGCAGACACCAAUCGAAUUGCCUGUCUUGCAGCGCAGCGCCAUGGGGAAACAAAUCGCGAAGCGCCCCAAACAAUCUCCCUGGUCCGGUCUGCCGGCAGCAGAGCACAGCGUCCUCGUACCAGUCACCAACCCCGAAGCGUUUCCUGUUGAGCGUAUCCAGGUCGUACAGUCCCAGCACUACCCAUCAGCAAAGAUCAUGAGCAUGCAGACGCAUCGCGAUAUUCAAGGCGGUAUCGGCCAGGUGACCGCAGACAUACAAGACGGACCUGUCAACCGCCUGCUCAUCAAGGACUAUCGACUUGUGCAGGCGCUAGGUCUCCUACACGGCGCAAACGACACCAUCGCCAUCCGAACAUUCGACCUCAGAUUCGAUGAGACCUUUGAAAUCAUUCUGCUACCUGGGCAGCGCCCAAAAGAUCUCAAGAACUUCGUCGUUGGCGAACUGGUACCUGCACGUCAUGCAUACCUGCACUGGCUGGACUACCGCGGUACCGCCGAUCCGAAGUAUGCUCCCUUUGCAAUGGAAGCAAGAUAUAUUGCGGUCCAGCUUGGUAGGCGUGCGAUGGAUGUCUGGAAGGAGGUCGAUGGCUACUGGCAACUUGAGCAGGGAAGCGGGGGAUCAGCUUAUAGGCGGAAUCGUCUAAUGAACUUGGGCGAGGAUCCAGUGUAUGAAGGAAACGGGAAGAGGACGCUGACAUUCAUGAGUAUGUGGGGAUGA